AUGAAUUCGUUUCUCACUCACAACACGCUGCCGUACCAUCAACCGACGCAGAUGCACCAGAUGAUGAUGGUGGAACCCAAGUACUCACCGCCGGAUGACUACAGCAACAUGCAGAACUACAUGGGUUCGCCGGACUUUUUCGGCAGCCCUCACCACCAACAUCACCACCACCAACAUCAGCACCACCACCCCUCCCAUCACUCCAAUCACCUGAGCCAACAGACUCAACACGUCGGCGGUAGUGGUGGCGGUGGCGGAGGUGGCAGUGCUGGCCACCAGCAGCAAGUGCAGGCCAGCGGCGUCGUCGGUGUCGGAAGCUCGGGUGGCCUCGGGGUGAGCAGUGGUGGCGGUGGCGGGGGUGGACACUAUCAGGGACACUAUCAGCAACAGAUCCAGGCCAUGUACCCGAGCCCUGGCCAGACGCCGUCGUAUUACACCAGUGCGGCAACCAAUUACGGUGCGUACCAAAUGCACCACGGUGGCCAAAUGCCGCUCGAGGCCCAACAGCCCCCAGCCUCCCUGAUGCACAACGCCGGGGGGCAACAGUGCCAGGGUGGCAGUAUAAUACCGUCCGGGGCCGGCGGCGGCCUGCAGGCGGUGGCCCUCAACGCUGUCAUGUCGCACGAUAUCAAGGACGACUCGUCGCCAUCGCCGCUGCCGUGCCACCUGCAACCCAGCCCGUCGUCGUCCAACCACAUGUCCAACAACCCGCUGGACGGAUCAUGCUCCGACGACAUGGACGACUGCAACACGGACACAGACGAGAUGAUGAUGACCACGGUCAACGGGUCGCCGAUCAUGAUGGACGACAGCGAGUCAUCGGACCGGGUCAUCUACCCGUGGAUGAAAAAGAACCACGUGGCUGGAAUGCCGAACGGUGCGUACCAACCGGUGGACGUCAAGAGACAACGGACCGCUUACACCCGGUACCAGGUUCUGGAGCUGGAGAAGGAGUUUCACUUCAACAAGUACCUGACCCGGAGACGGAGGAUCGAGAUCGCCCAUUCGCUAGUGCUGUCCGAGCGGCAGAUCAAGAUAUGGUUCCAGAAUCGGCGAAUGAAGUACAAGAAGGACAACCAUCUGCCCAACACGAAAAACGUGCGCCGGAAAAACGGGAGCACGCAACCGGCGGGCAAAAAGUCCCGGGCCAAAAACAACAACAACAACAACAAUAGCAACAAUAACAACAACAACAACCAUCAGCAGCAGCCGCUGUGCUCGCCGUCCGGGUUGAAAAUCGAUUCUCACGACAUGUCACCACAACAACAACCCGAGUUGAGGUUACAACAGCAGAACGAUGCCGGGUCGACAUCGCUGAUGUCCGCCAUAAUACCGUCGUCAUCGACGUCUUCGUCUUCGUCGUCGUCCGCCGCCGCAGCCGCGUCGGUCGCUGGACACAACAACCCGGCCGCCGCCAUGCAGCAACAGCUUCACCAACAACAGCAGCAACAACAACAACAACAACAACUACAGCAGCAGCAACAGCAACAGUUACAACACUGUUUGAACCACCGCGGGCCACUGCCGCACCUGUCUCAACACCUACAACAACAGGGUUUGGCCAUCGGGGUCGGCGCCGGCGAGUACGGCCUCACUCAGCUGUAA